AUGAAUUAUCAAUAAGAGAAAAGAAAUUCAGUAAUAAGAUAAGAUAAUGUGAGAGCCUCUGCUUCAUAACCAAUUUAAUCCCCUUAAAAAUAGGAAGUUGUCUAAAGUAAUGAAAGACAUACUGGGUGCAUUGAGAGGAUGAAGAUACUUACGCAAGAAUUGCAACGAAUGACAGAAGCUCUUAGAUAGAAAAACUAAGAUGUAAUGUAUUUAUAAUAAGAAUUACAAUAUGGUAAACAAAAUUAGGUAUAAAUACAAAUAUUGAUAUAUAGUAAAAUAAUCAAGGCAAUGAAGACUUAAUCCAAAAAUUACAAUUGGAAAGAUAAAAGUUAGAUUAAUUUAAAUAAAUGAAGGAUUAACAAUUAGGUGAAUUAGAGGUAGAACUAAAUAGAGUGCAUAUAGAAUUGAAGGAUGAAAGAUUAUAAAAGCUUGAUUAUGUUAAUCGCUAUUAAAAACAAUGUGAUGAGGUAGUACGAUUGUAAAAAGAACUUGAAAAAGCAAAUUAAUAUUCAAUAAAACCAAAUGAAAUUGAUUAAUUGCAUGCACAUAUUGAUGAUUUACAACAUGAAAAUGAUGAAUUAAGAUCAAAGAUGAAUAGUCUUUCAAAUAAAGUUCAAUAAUAAUAACAACAAAUUGCCAUUCUAGAAGAUUAGCUCACACAAUAAUAAUCAUUUCAACCUUCAAAAUUGCCACCAUCUGGACCUACUACUUAUUAAAUGCCUUAGACAUAAUAUUAAUAAUAACUCCAACCUCAAACUUCAAAUUAUUAAAAGACAACUACUUAUACUGUAGAAAGUAAAGGAAAUAACAAACCAACUGAAGUAAGGAAAUAAGUAGUCUCCACAGUAAAUGGAAAAACUGAUGUAUAUGAAUACUCUUCUGCAUAAGACCCACUCAAUCCUAGGGAGUCAAUAAGUUCUAAAUUGGAUUAGAUUAAUUAGAAAGUUAACUAGACUUAUGAAGUGAGAAAUUCACAAUUACAAAAUAAUACAUCUGCUUCUUAAUUACAAAGAGGAUCUAAAUAUUUACCUGAAACAUACUAAAAAGAAUUCACUGAUUUCAAAAGCAAAAUUGAAACUAAACCUAUAACAGAAUUUAAAACAACAACAGUUACCAAAACCAAUAAUAAAUAUUAAUAAUAUUGA